UGCCCCUUCUCUUGAACACCACACCCAUACUUCUUCCUUGCUCCUCACCUUCUCCUCGACACCUCAAAAUCCAUACAAAAUGGCGAUGGUACAUCCCUCACGCCUGGGCCUCGUACCCCAGGACCCGCCCGAUCUAGGCAAACGCGGCCGGUCGCCUUCGCCUCCCCCACGGUCGUCUAGGCGUCGCUCACGCAGUGUAGAGUCGAGGCGGGAUAGGGACGAGUCUGGGAAGGACAGGACCGAUAGGAAGCGGGAUGUAGUUAGAGAUAGGGACAGAGACGAGCGGAGGAUCGCCUACGGAGACAGAGACAGAGAUCGGGGCAGGCGGCACGACCGCGACCGCGCCCGUGCAGACGACUACUUCAACGAGGGGGACAGGGCCGGUGGCGGGAGGAGAGACGACUGGGACGAUGGUCGAGGGCCGAGGCGCAGUAAGGAGAGGAGCGUGGAUAGGGAGCGGGACAAGGAGAGGGAGGAGCGGAGGGAGAGGGAGCGGGACUCGGGGAGGACGAGGAGGGCUAGUCCGGAAUAUGGGGACUACCGGAGGUCGUCGCCUGUGCGCGCGCGGGAGGAUGGACGGGAUGCCCCCAAGGAGGGGGAGAAUGGGGCCGAGAGGGCGCCGUGGAGGCAGCAGGAGAACAUGUAUCCGAAUCGUGGGGGGAGGAAGCCACAGUACGGGGGCUUUGGAGGCGGAGCGGACUUCUUGGAGAGUCGAAGACAGCAGAGAGAGGCCAGCAUAGUCACUGUGUGGCCUCCGUCGCCAAAGGCACCCACACGCGUUGAAUCUCCAACCCGCGACUCGAAACAUCACAAAAAGUCCCACAAGCGUCGGCGCGAUUACUCGGACUCCGACACAGACUCGGACUCUUCAGAAGAGGAGCGCCGCCGUCGCGAGCGCAAGGAGCGCAAGAAGGCACGGAAGGAGAAGAAGGACCGCGAGAAGGACCGUGACCGUGAGCACCACAGGCACAGGUCUCGGUCCCACCGGCACAGCGACGACGAAGACAGCGACCGUGAGCACAGGCGUCACCGGGAGAAGACGCGCAGCAGGAGUGCUCGACGGAGCGCGAGCCAUCGCAGCGCGACCCGUACAAAGAGUCCCGAGCAGCGCCCGCCGUCUACCCCGGACGAGGACGAGUGGGUCGAAAAGCCGGUCACAGGCGUGGUGUCGUCUCAACCGCCGCCGAGCGGCUCUAUGGCCCCGCCCGCUGUUCCCGCGUCUGCGUCUGCGAAGGGCAAGCAGCCCGCACAAGGCGACGAGGACUCGGACGAAGAAGUGGGCCCGCAGCCUCUGAAUGCGGCGAAGACCUCGUCGCGCAACAAGGUCGACGAGCGCCAGUACGGAGGCGCGCUCCUGCGCGGAGAGGGUAGCGCGAUGGCGGCGUUCCUCAAGGACGGCACGGACGUGCGCAUCCCGCGGCGUGGCGAGAUUGGGCUGUCGUCGGACGAGAUCGCGAUGUUCGAGAGCGUGGGGUACGUCAUGAGUGGCAGCCGGCACAGGCGCAUGAACGCCGUCCGUAUGCGCAAGGAGAACCAGGUCAUCAGCGCGGAGGAAAAGAGAGGAAUCUUGAAGCUGCAGCAGGAGGAGCGGGAGCGGAGGGAGGCGAUAUUGCGGGAGGAGUUCCAGCAGCUUGUGCAGGAGAAACUCAAGUCGGGCGCGGCCAAGUGAAUUACUGGUUCGCGGGCGUAUGAUGCUAUUCUGUAACUAUAUAUACAAUCCUCUAAACUCGCGUCGAGCAC